AUGCUCCCACCUGUAAAUAUCACUGUUUCUAUCGAUCCACAGGUGCAGGAAUGCCGCAACCUGCAUAUGAACUGGUAUAAGACCAUACCUAAAGGAUCUGCCUUCAAGUCCCGAAUACAACCUCCACAAAAAGCUCAAGUGCCGGUCACAGACAUUUUACGUCUACGUAGACAGUCCGGGACCUCCGAAGCCCUGCGCCACUACCCCGGAUUGCAUCACGUGAAACUGGAUUUCUCAGCCACAGCUUGGCUCGAACUUUCUGCGGCUCACUCCUACAACACUACCUGA